UCAGGAGCUGCUCCAUCAUCUCUGGGAGGUUGCUUCUGCACAUGCGCAUUACGCUCCUUUACAAACUUUGCAAAAAACGCUGUUUUUCCCCGGCAGCAUCAUGCUCUUCCUCCUGCUGGCAGUCGUUUGCACUCAGGUGGAUCUUCACCGGUCAGAGAUGGUCACAGGGAAAGGAGAGGUGGACCUCAGCGCAUGCGCCAUCACGUACUUGGGACAGGAAUACUCGAAGACGAAGGUGUCCAUCGUGAACUCGUCCUUAAGUCUUUGCUCCCCUGGAGAAAAUCCAGACUGCUUAUUGCUGGUGGACCUUCAGGUUGACAGAGUGUUUCUGGAAGUCGUGCACGAAGCAACAAACCCCGGGUCGCGCAUCCAUCAAUCCCUUCCAAGCAUCCAAUCAUCGUCUCCCUGCCGGCUUGACGCCGUUGUGCAAGAUCAAUCAAACAACACUCAAUUGUUUGCUUCAAUCUACAACUUCGGAAAGCAGACGGUUCUGGAAGUCAACGUGACCAGUUUCUUCACCGCGGCUAACAUCGAUCUUGUCCUUGUGGUCACUGGAAACCCCGUGAAACAGCUGUCAUUCCCAAAAGCCCGCCUGGACGGACAUUUGAUCCUGGACAUCAGCGGCUGCAGAUACUCAAAUGAGAUCAUUUACCCCGGAAAGUCGGCGCAGAACGACCCCACCUCCUGUCUCAACGUGACCUGCAGUGCCUCGGCAGAUUUGUCCAUUUCCACUAAAUGUGGCUCUGCAGAGGUCUGCCAGUUAGGAACUGGGUGCGUCCCUCGUCCCGACGUCUGCUCUGUCACCGCCUCCACCGUCAUCGACUUCAACGGCCGACUCCACCCGGUCUCUGACCGCUGCGCGUACACCCUGAUGGAGCCCCGGGGAGACUCCGCCUUCCACCUUCUGGCGGGCUUCCGGGAGCGGCGCCGCAGAGACGUGACGUUCCUGGACCACCUGAUCCUGCGGUUGCCCAAUGCGACGAUGUUCCUGGGUCAAGGAGGGGAAGUCAGAGUGAGUGAUGGAGCCCAAAACACUUAAGCAGGAGUAAAGACGGUGGUCUGAAAUCUGC